AUAGAAGUCGUCUUGAUCAUCGUCAUCAUCAUGAACGCCUUCGUCAAUGUUUAAGAACCUCUUUCUUGUAGACCAAGCAAUAUCUAUUUAUGGAAAAGAGGAGGGAGAAUAAUACUGGAUGGAAUCCAGUUCCACAGUUCGGAGGGUGGGACCAAAAAGGAUCAGACGAAACAAACUACUCUGUUGUGUUCUCAAAAGCUCGAGCUAACAGGAAGCUGAACAAAGGUGGUGUCAGACAUUCUAGUUUGGGAAGCGAACAAGAACUCAUGGCUAGUGCUCGUCGUCAUCACUACCAUCAACAACAUCUUCACCAUCACCGUGAAACCCAAGACGAUGACCCUGUCAUGAAGAAGAAGAGGAUCUUGACCUACAUUAAUUGUUGUAUCAGGCCGAACUAGGGCCUUUGUUCCACUACUUUGCAAUCUUUUCUCUCAUGAGUUUGUAGCAAAAAAAAAAUGUCUCUCAAGUGUGUAAAGACGUUAGUGUGACGUUUCUGUAAAUGUAUGUGCACCACCUAUUAAGUUGCUCCCGCUUUGAGUAUACAUUUUGAGUUCUGCCUUCACGAUAUGAGA